CGAGCGAGGAACACCGGCGCGUGCGCGGAGGGGCGGGAAGGAGCGGAGACGAGAACUUGGCGGGACCAAUCAGCAGCGAGGAGCCUGGGCGGCGCCCAAUCACGGCUCGGGCGACAGCCACAGAAGUAGGUUGCGGGCGCGGGAGAGGGGAAGCAAGCAGCGUGUGUGGAGGAUGCCGAACGCUCCGGACCUAGCCGCCUGGUUUGCUGCUUCCCGCGCGCUCCGUACCGCGUGAAGACACAGAGAAGGCUGGUGCCCACCGCCCAUCAGGUUCGCAGCACGAGCUCAGGAGCGCCUCCUGCAGCGGUCGGGGGCCACCUCCUCAGCGGCUGCUGCAGAAAGACAUGACGGUGUCGGCCCACUAGGGGAAUCGGCGGAGGUCGCGGCGCCAUCCCGGGCUCGUUCCUCUUCUCCGGGCGCGCGGCAAGCGACAUGUUCCCGCGGAAGCUGGCGAGCGCGGCGGCGGCGGCGGCGCGCGCGGGGUCGCGGGGCGGGGGCCUGCUCGCCCUCUUGGCCAAUCAGUGCCGCUUCGUGACGGGCCUGCGCGUGCGGCGCGCGCAGCAGAUCGCGCAGCUCUACGGCCGUCUCUACUCGGACAGCGCGCGCCGCGUCCUCCUUGGCCGCCUGUGGCGCCGGCUGCGUGGCCGCGCAGGCCAUGCCUCGGCGGUGAUGGCUGCGCUCGCCGGCGUGUUCGUGUGGGAGGAGGAGCGGAUCCAGGAGGAGGAGCUGCAGAGAUCCAUCGAUGAGAUGAGACGGUUGGAGGAAAUGUCCACUGUGUUCCAGAGCUCUGGAGUUGACCGCCACCCUCCAGAACCAAAUCCACAAACAGAAGGGAGUGAGGACUCUGGGGCCAAAGCGCAGCUCUGGGAAAUGGUGAUGGAGAAGAAGCACUUUAAGCUGUGGCGGCGCCCUAUCACAGGCACCCACCUUUACCAGUACCGCGUCUUUGGAACCUACACAGAUGUGACACCACGGCAGUUCUUCAAUGUUCAGCUGGAUACAGAGUAUAGGAAAAAGUGGGAUGCCUUGGUGAUCAAACUGGAAGUGAUCGAGAGAGACGUGGUCAGUGGUUCCGAGGUUCUUCACUGGGUAACCCAUUUUCCUUAUCCGAUGUACUCACGGGAUUAUGUUUACGUUCGACGGUAUAGUGUGGAUCAGGAAAACAACUUGAUGGUGUUGGUGUCACGCGCUGUGGAGCACCCUAGUGUGCCCGAGUCUCCGGAGUUUGUGAGGGUCAGAUCAUAUGAAUCCCAGAUGGUCAUCCGUCCCCACAAGUCAUUUGAUGAGAACGGCUUUGACUACUUGUUGACAUACAGUGACAAUCCCCAGACUGUGUUUCCUCGAUACUGUGUUAGUUGGAUGGUUUCCAGUGGCAUGCCAGAUUUCCUGGAGAAGCUGCAUAUGGCCACUCUGAAAGCCAAGAACAUGGAGAUCAAAGUAAAGGACUACAUCUCAGCUAAGCCUCUGGAAAUGGGCGGUGAAGCCAAGGCCACCAGCCCGUCUUCCGAGCGGAACAGCGAGGGUAGCUGUGGCCCUGCCCGGAUUGAGUACGCUUAAAGGUCUUUGGGAUAAGAAGGGACAGGCUGCUCCUGGCCCUACCUCGGUCCCUUAUCACUGCCACAGAAUGGGGACGUAUAUUAGAAGGCGUCUGCUGUAACCAGCAGUGCAAGAUAAUUCAAUAACUGGUCCUGAUUUCCUUCAGAGCCCUUGUUGCUCUUUAUCAAAAUGGAGAAGAAGGAGGCAUCUGUGGGGGCAUUGUCAUAUUUUCAGGCCAAGCUUUCUGCAAUUCAGUAUUCUACUGAGCUAAUCUGGAACAAAUCUCACCUCAGGACAGAAGAGGACAACUUGUUUUUGCUUCCCCUGAGUAGUUUCCUCCACCAGCAUUCCAACUCCCACUGUCAAUUCUGCAGCAUUUGGACUUCUCCAGACUGGAAAAUGCAGUGUCCUGUUGAUGGGAGCGCAGUGCAGGUGCUUGGUGACAGCCUUGGUGUUGACGGGAUGUAAGCUAUUGUUGGGCAGUGUAAGUGCCUUGUCCUCACCUUGCUUCUUUCGGUACAUAAAGUUUGUACCAAGGAAUUUCUCUCUGCCGCCCACAUACCACCCCAUUGACCACACAGAGCCCCUGGAUUGGCCCGUUCUCUGUAUUCAUGUACGGUGAUAAUUGGGCUUGGCGCCUCCUUCCUUGACUCAUUGACCCAAGAACACUGGGAACGAAUCCUUUCAGACAGUAGCUUUCUGUAUCAGUGUUUUGUCAGGUCAGUGGAGAUGCUCAAAACAACACAGUUUAGGUUUUUUAAAUCUUUGUGUCAAAAAGUAGGAGUUGGGGAGUUGAAAAGAAUUUCUCCAUAGUCUCACUGUCUGUAAGAUACCAUUUUGAUUCAGGUAUUAUUUUUUACACUUCAGGUUUGAUUGGACGCCAAGGACUUGCUCAUCUCUGAAGGCUGAAGGCAGAGGGUGGGGUGGGCCACUCCCUAGAGCUCUCAGAGCUGUAGACAAGCUGUGUGAAUGAAUAGAUAUACUCUUGCCCCGAACACUAAUAUAUAAUACAAUGGGGAUAUGGUUUGUGUGACCUCUUGUUUUUCUGAAAGUGUUACUUCUCUCUUCAGAGCUAAAAUAAAAUCGAACUAGGCUGUUUGGAUGAAGUCACAAUCAGAUGGUAUCAGUUUGGCCUCGCGGGUUCUGCAGUGGUCAUGCUGCCAUCUGACGGGAGACUAGGGAUCAAGUUUUAAACCUUCCCUCCCCUUUUUACCUAGAAUUUAAAUGACCAGGUUUUCCCUUUUUUCCCUCCUUGGAGCCAAACGGAGACUAACUUAAGCCCCUUGACCUCUUUGCUGCCUGUGAAGUUGUGUGCCAAGGAAACAACCGCCCCAGUGUUUCCUGUCUUGCCUUCCCUGAGUUGUUGGCAGAGCAGAGAUAUGUCAAGCAGUCCCAGCUUGUCACUGAUCAUUUCUCUCUCCUCAUUCCUAGGACUGACAAGCCAGGGAGGAGGCCUUGGGUUAUUGUCAGAACUCGCCUGUGACUGUUGAGGGUGGGUGGGUGUGGGCGAGAAUGUGAGUGUACAGGCGGUCAGGAGCUGUGUGGUGUCCUAUUGGGUUGUUGGGAAAGUCAUGAUGUAUUUUUCUAUGUUUUUCAGUGCAAAAAUGCGUCAUGACUUUCCCGACGACCCAGUAGUUCUGGUUUUGGGGAAUUUGACUCUGCACUUGGGGUCGGUCUAUAUAGUUGCUUAUGUCAUCAUAAUGAUUUCACUCCUCUGUGACAUUUUUAUCAGAUGUGUGCAUAAAUACAUAAAGAUUGGUACAAAAGAG